AUGGCCCAGCCCCUCGCCCCUGCCCAGCUGGCCCGCCUCCAGCCAGCCGCACUGCUUGCCGCCUGCCGAGCCGCCGCCACCCGUCCAGGCCGCCCCGCCCUCCACCACACCCGCCCCAUCCACACCCUCCCUGGUCAGUCCACCCCACCCCCACAGAAACAGAAACACACACUCACAGUCCCAUCUCCAGAGCCCAUCGCCGCCGCCCACGCCUCCGCCCUCGUCUCCCGCGGAGACACCGCCGUCCUAUGCGCCCUCACCCUCGAGACCGCCGUCCCCGACCCGGCCGCCCCCACCGCCGGCUUCCUCGGUUCCGCGCCGGCCCGCCCAACGACCAGGCCCAGAUCCUCGCCGCACGCCUCAACGACCUCCUCCUCGGCCCGGAUCCCCGUCGUCGCCUUCGACCCCGACCGCCAGAAAGUCGUGCUUGCCCACCCCACCGCGCCCCAGACCGUGCCCCUGCCGACCGGGCCCCCACUGACGGCGCACACCUUUGCGCUCUUCGACAGCGGGACAACGAUCCUGCCCGAUCCCUCCCUGGCCGAGGAAGACCUCGCCCACGGCUCCCUCUCCCUCGUCCUCGACCCCGCCCGCAACAUCCACGCCCUCAGCUUCGUCGCCCCGCCCCAGCCCGACGCCCAGCUGCCCGCCAUCCUCGACGCCUCAUCUCCGAACUCUGCGCCCCCCCGAGAGCCCGCAGCCGGACGCGGCCCGCGCUGGCGGCUCGUUCCCGGCGCUGCUGGCACAGAGGCCACCGGACAUGUGUGUCAAGGGACCCAUCCAACGCCCCUCGUCUGUCCACAAACAAUCCCCUAG